CAGGCGGCGGAGGAGCGCACCCAGGAUCGGCAGGUGUGGAACUCGGGGGGGCCUUUUUCGACGGUGGGAGAUAUAACGGCCCUCGGUUUUGGGAUUAUUCAGUACAAAGACAAACCUCUACGGGACUGGGAGCUUUCCCCCCCGGGUUGAAGCGCCAAGAUGGCAGCCAACGCCGAUGACAAGCUGGUCAUCAUGAAUGAAGAGGAGUUGAAGAGGAAGCAGAAGGAAAAGCUGAAGAAGUUGCAGGCCACAGGGGGCAACCCUCGGCCCGCCAGAACCCUCUUCCUCUUCAACCUCAAGAAUCCCUUCCGCAAGGCCUGCACCAGCAUUGUGGAGUGGAAAACCUUUGAGAUCAUCAUCUUAUUGACCAUCUUUGCAAACUGCAUUGCUUUGGCCGUGUUCCUGCCAAUGCCUGAAGAAGACAGCAAUAACACCAACAUUAACCUGGAGAGUUUGGAGUACAUCUUCCUGAUCAUAUUCACGCUAGAGUGCUUUCUGAAGAUAGUGGCGUAUGGACUCGUCUUCCACGAAGGGGCCUAUUUACGUAACUGUUGGAACAUAUUGGACUUUGUCAUCGUCUUCAUGGGUCUCUUCACCUUUGCCUUGGAUACCAUCAAUAAGAUAGCAGGCGUGCCAAUGGAGAAGGGCGGGGGGUUCGACAUGAAGGCCUUGAGAGCCUUCAGGGUGCUGCGGCCCUUGCGCCUCGUCUCUGGAGUCCCCAGCCUGCAGGUGGUGAUGAACUCCAUCCUUAAAGCCAUGCUGCCUCUGCUGCACAUUGCCCUUCUGGUCUUUUUACUGGUCACCAUCUAUGCCAUCAUGGGAUUGGAGCUAUUCAAAUGCAAAAUGCAUAAAACCUGCUAUUACACUGGCACAAGCAUGUACUCCCUUGCAGAAGGCGAGGCGCCUGCGCCCUGUGCUCAGGCUGGUAACGGGCGCCGCUGCCUGAUCAACGGCUCCGAGUGUCGGCCCGGCUGGGAGGGGCCCAACAAUGGCAUCACACACUUCGAUAACAUCGGCUUUGCCAUGCUUACAGUCUACCAAUGUAUCACCAUGGAGGGGUGGACCAAAGUCCUGUACUGGGUUAACGACGCCAUGGGAAACGAAUGGCCCUGGGUCUACUUUGUCCCCCUCAUUCUGCUAGGUUCCUUCUUCGUGCUGAAUUUGGUGCUCGGCGUGCUCAGCGGCGAAUUCACCAAAGAGCGAGAGAAGGCCAGGUCACGCGGCGAGUUCCAGAAGUUGCGAGAGCGCCAGCAACUGGACGAGGACGUGCAUGGCUACAUGGAGUGGAUCACUCACGCCGAGGUCCUGGAUGCCGACCGAGAGGGCAAAGGACUCCUGCCUUUGACCAGCGACUCUGAUACGGACAGCCUGUAUGACCUGGAAGGCAAAGGCCGCAUUGUCUAUUACUAUCGCCUGGCUCGUCGCUGGAACCGUUUCUUCAGGAUGAAGUGUCUGCUGUAUGUGAAAACCAAGAGCUUUUACUGGCUAGUGAUGUUCCUCGUCUUCCUCAACACCCUGACCAUAGCAACCGAGUACCACCACCAGCCCGACUGGCUCACGUCCCUACAAGAUGGAGCCAGCCGCAUGCUGCUGGUGCUGUUUGUCGUUGAGAUGUUUGUGAAGAUGUAUGCUCUGGGUCCAAGAGCAUAUUUCAUGUCGCUAUUUAACCGCUUUGACUGCUUUGUGGUGCUGUGCGGUAUCCUGGAGAUGAUCAUGUUCUCCCUCGGGAUCUUGGCUCCGUUGGGUUUCUCUGUACUCAGGUGUAUCCGACUGCUGAGGAUCCUUAAAGUCACAAAGCACUGGACUGCUUUGAGUAACCUUGUGGCUUCACUCCUCAACUCUGUGCGCUCCAUCGCCUCCCUGCUCCUUCUCCUGUUCCUUUUCAUCGUCAUUUUCUCGCUCUUGGGAAUGCAGGUGUUUGGGGGGAAAUUCAACUUUACCGACCACAGGCCCAGCCGCAGUAACUUUGACAACUUCCCUCAGGCCCUCAUCAGUGUAUUUCAGAUCCUAACAGGAGAGGACUGGACCACCAUAAUGAACAAUGGCAUUAUGGCCUAUGGAGGGCCUGAGUUUCCAGGCAUCCUGGUCGCCAUCUACUUCAUCAUCCUCUUUGUCUGUGGAAACUAUAUCCUCCUGAAUGUCUUCUUGGCCAUCGCCGUCGACAACCUGGCAGAGGCUGAGAGUCUAACUUCGGCCCAGAAGGACAAGGCUGAAGAGAAGAUGAGAAGAAAGUUACUGCGUUCCAAAAUGCCUGAGAAGACUGAUGAAGACAGGGAGAGGAUAGCUAAGAAACUGGCAGAGCAGAGAUCCAAGACGGAGGGCAUGCCCACAACAGCCAAGCUCAAAAUUGACGAGUUCGAAUCCAAUGUGAACGAAGUGAAAGAUCCUUUCCCACCUGACGAUUUCCCAGGUGAUGACGAGGAGGUAGAGCCUGAUAUCCCCAUCAGUCCUCGGCCCCGACCGAUGGCCGACCUGCAGCUGAAGGAAGAAGCUGUUCCGUUGCCUGAAGCCAGCUCCUUUUACAUUUUCGGGCCUCAGAACAAGAUCCGUAAGCUGUGCUACAAGAUCAUAAACGCCUCGUCCUUCACCAACUUAAUCCUUUUGUUCAUCCUGCUGUCCUCCAUAUCCCUGGCAGCCGAGGACCCCAUCGAUCCCAAGUCGUACCGAAACAAGAUACUGGCUUAUGCUGACAUUGUCUUCACAACUGUCUUUACCAUUGAGAUCGUGCUGAAGAUGACGGUGUAUGGAGCAUUCAUGCACGAGGGCUCCUUCUGCCGCAACUCCUUCAACAUCCUGGAUCUGAUCGUGGUCGGAGUCUCCCUGCUCUCAAUGGGGAUGGAAUCCAGUGCCAUCUCGGUUGUGAAGAUCCUCAGGGUGCUGAGGGUGCUGAGGCCUCUCAGAGCGAUCAAUAGAGCCAAAGGCUUGAAGCAUGUGGUCCAAUGUGUGUUUGUGGCCAUCAAAACCAUCGGCAACAUCGUCCUGGUCACCAUGCUGCUAAAUUUCAUGUUCGCCUGUAUCGGAGUGCAGCUCUUCAAGGGUAAAUUCUACAGCUGCACAGACCCAGUGAAAAUGACAGGGGAGGAAUGCCAGGGAGACUUCGUGAAGCACACUGAGAAUUCCCUACAAGACAUAGUGGUGGCUCAGAGAGAAUGGCUCAACAAUGACUUCAACUUCGACAAUGUGCUCAACGGCAUGCUGGCGCUCUUCACUGUUUCCACAUUUGAGGGCUGGCCAAAAUUGUUAUACAGAGCCAUGGAUUCAGAUGUUGAAGACAUGGGUCCUGUCUUCAACAAUCGCGUGGAUGUGUCCAUCUUCUUCAUCAUCUACAUCAUCCUCAUCGCCUUCUUUAUGAUGAACAUCUUUGUGGGCUUCGUCAUUGUCACUUUCCAGGAGCAGGGCGAGCAGGAGUACAAGGACUGUGAGCUGGACAAGAACCAGCGCCAAUGUGUGCAGUACGCCCUGAAGGCUCGGCCUCUGAGGUGCUACAUCCCCAAAAACCCAAACCAGUACAGAGUCUGGUACAUUGUCACCUCCUGCUACUUCGAAUACCUCAUGUUCUUCCUAAUUAUGCUCAACACCUUGUGUCUGGGGAUGCAGCACUGUAACCAGUCCGACCAUGUGACCCAGCUGUCAGACACUCUGAACUUGAUCUUCACCGUGCUCUUCACUGUGGAGAUGAUUCUCAAGCUCAUGGCCUUCAAAGCGAGGGGCUACUUUGGAGACCCCUGGAACGUCUUUGACUUCAUCAUCGUCAUCGGUAGCGUCGUUGAUGUCAUUCUCAGCGAAGUCGACAGUGCCCUGGCUGCCAGUGGUGGACUGUACUGUCUCCAUGGCUGCGCUGAAACAAAUCCUUUGCAAGCAAUCGCGGCGUCUGAAAACGCCUCAGUGUCCAUCACGUUCUUCCGACUCUUCCGUGUGAUGCGUCUGGUCAAGCUGCUGAACCGUUCAGAGGGCAUCCGGAACCUGCUGUGGACGUUCAUUAAAUCCUUCCAGGCUCUUCCUCAUGUGGCUUUGCUCAUCAUCAUGCUCUUCUUUAUCUACGCUGUCAUCGGGAUGCAGAUCUUUGGAAAGGUGGCCUUAGUGGAUGGCACCCAAAUCAACCGCAACAACAACUUCCAGACAUUCCCUCAGGCCGUUCUGAUGUUAUUCCGGUGUGCUACUGGAGAGGCUUGGCAGGAGGUCAUGAUGGCUUCAAUGUACGGGAAGAAAUGUGACCCCAAGUCUGACUUUCUGCCGGGUGAGGAGUACACCUGCGGGUCCAACUUUGCCGUCUUCUACUUCCUCAGCUUCUACUGUCUCUGUGCCUUCCUGAUCCUCAACCUGUUUGUAGCUGUCAUCAUGGACAACUUUGACUACCUGACCCGAGAUUGGUCACUUCUCGGUCCACACCAUCUGGAUGAGUUUAAGAAGAUCUGGGCUGAAUAUGACCCUGAAGCCACGGGGAGAAUCAAGCAUCUGGACGUGGUGACGCUGCUGCGACGCAUCCAACCUCCACUCGGCUUUGGCAAGUUCUGUCCUCAUCGGGCCGCGUGUAAGCGCUUGAUUGGCAUGAACAUGCCCCUCAACAGCGACGGCACCGUCACCUUUAACGCCACCCUGUUUGCGCUCGUCAGGACGGCACUCAAGAUCAAAACAGAAGGUAACUUUGAGCAGGCCAACGAGGAGCUGAGAGCCAUUAUUAAAUCAAUCUGGAAACGCACAAGUAUGAAACUGUUGGACCAGGUCAUCCCGCCGAUUGGAGAUGAUGAGGUGACCGUGGGGAAAUUCUACUCCACCUUCCUCCUCCAGGAUCAUUUACGCAAGUUUUUGAAGCGUCAGGAGGAGUACUAUGGCUACCGGCCCUCUAAGAAGAGCGCCUCGGGCCCUGAGAUCCAGGCGGGCCUAAGGAGUAUUGAUGAUGAGGUCGCUCCAGAGAUGCACAGGGCAAUUUCUGGAGACUUGCAGAAUGAGGAUGAAAUGGAAAAAGCUAUGGAGGAUUCUGGAGAAGAAGGCAUCUACCAGCGCACGCACGGCCUGUUUGGCCACCGGGUGGACUCUUCCUCUACUGAGCCUGUCGACGUCCAGUCCCAGCAGAUGACCAGCCAGCGGCCCCUCAUGUUCUCAGAGAGCCAGCCCGAGUCCCCACCGAACUCCGCUGCCUUCACGCCCAACACUGACUUUUUCCCCUCUACCGCACCCAAAAGCAACACUAACAACAACGCCUUUGCAGACUUCUCAUUCGACAGAGAAGGCAGUGCCGAUGAGUUUUACAACCUCAGUGAGGAUGCAGGUAACCUGCGCUCCUGGAACUUCAAAGUGAGAACAGACAAAACGCAGUUCCCUUAUGAGCCGAGCUAUGGUGACAGUCAGAGUGAGAGCUCCAGCACGGCAGCUGACCGGCUGGUUCAGGAGGCGCUUGUAGAGGGCGGUCUGGCCUCGCUGGCCAAAGACCCUCGCUUCGUCUCUGUGACUAAGGAGGAGAUGGCCGACGCCAUGCACACAACUGUGGACGAGCUGGAGAGUGUGGCUGCGGGCGUCCUCGGCGAACGGGCCCGCGGCGUCCCCUCCGCCAAAAAGAGACGUCCCAUGCCGGCCCCUCCUCCCGCCGCGCUGACGGGGCCACGGCCAGAUCCCGCCGCGAGGAGAAAGAGACGUCCCAUCCCCCUGAUCCCCUCCGUGCAGGAGGCCCACUCCGAGGUCUAGAAGACCCUCCCCUGGAGUUAGUGUGGUUAUCUUGUGAUUGUUCCACCUGCAGGUAGCCCGACCUCACCUCACUUUGUUUCCCUUGUAACAGUCUGUUUGUAGCCUGAAGGCAGGUCGGCUCAGGCUUCAUGUACCGUUAAGUGAUUUGAAACUUAACAAAGGAGAAACAAUAUCUCUGAUGAUGAGACACCUUCAUUUUUCAGAUUUCAUAGAAAGCACUGUAAUAAAAAUACCAACUUAUCUCAGAGCAAACAGAUUGCAGCGCUUCUUUCUUUGUAACGUUUGUUCAAGUUAUCCAUUCCUCAUGAGCUAUGGGACAACCACGCGAGUGAGCUGAGUGGACUCACCGAAGGCCAAAACAACCCACUGGACAAAAAGGGAGCGGGCAGCCGACUCAGUCCAGGCCCAGAGGGACACGCUUUUAAGCGGAGCGCGGUGCUGCAAAGACAACGGCGUCCCGAUGGCUCAGCGCCGCCCUCUGGUCACUUAGGACUUUCUGUGUGUUAAAAGGGACGUUCACUGAAUCUUCUCCUGCUCACCGAUAAUCUUAAUGUGCAGUCGGUAUCAGCAGGUUUUUUUGAGGUUUAUUUUUUAUGAACAUAAAGGUACAUUGAAUCUCCAGAAUAAUUGUCCGAAGAGUUUGCAUUGUUAAAGUGUUUGUUUUAAAGCGAUGCUGAAGACAAAGCAGUGCAUGUGAUUUUUUUUCUUCUUUUUUUUU